AUGACACAACCUGAUAAUCAUAUUUCCAAGCUUGCCGCUAACAGCGCCCCUUCAAUCCAUCCGGAGUCAAUCCUGGGGGAUUUUCUGCGGAAUAAUGACGACGUAGUUUUCGUUCGGUUCCAAUGGCAGGAUUAUUCAGGAAUUCUUAGGGGCCGUGUGGUACCAGUCAAACAAUGUCUACAGCUUGCAGCGGAAGGUAAACUCGUCCAAGUCCCUCCGUUUGCCUUCGAGUGUGUGUUGGAUAAUACACUCAGGCCGGGCAUGGAUCCGACCGGGGUGGAUUGGCUUGUACCGGAUUGGACGAGUAUUCGCACCAGUUCGCGAAGCAGCCUUCCAGACGGAUGCUAUGCCACCGUGAUGUGUGAUGUUGUACGGACUACGCCGGCACAACCGGGCCCGAAUUUUGAUUUAUGCCCGCGCCGGGCACUAGAAAAAGUGAUACAUAAAGCAAGAGACACCUACCGCAAGGAUUUUCUAGUUGGUUUUGAAGUCGAGUUCGAAAUUAUGAAGGUCUCCGGGAAUGGCGGUUUUAUCCCACUAAGUGCCGGGAUGGGGCGGUUUGCCAUUGCAGGACAGCGUGACCCAUGCUUCAAAUACGUGGAAGAAUGUAUCCAUGAGCUGCAGGUGGCGGGGGUGAGCAUCCUAACCUUCCAAACCGAAGGACGCAGGGGCCAAUAUGAGAUCUCUCUGGGGCCGCUUCCCCCCUUACAAGCAGUCGACCAACUCGUCCUGGUACAUGACUGCAUUAAAAGUGUGGUGGCUCGCCAUGGGCACGUCGCCACCAUGUGCCCCAAACCAGUGCAAGGUCGGAGGCAAGCCACGGGCCAGCACACUCACAUCUCCAUUCACCCGCCAGACCGCGAAGAUUCCUUCCUCGCGGGCAUGCUCAAGCGACUGAGAUCGCUCUGCGCAUUUGGCUUACCAUAUGAUCUCUCCUAUGAACGCGUCCAACCCUAUCUGGGCGGUGAAAUCGUCGCAUGGGGGACGCAGAAUCGAGAAGUUGCCAUCCGGAAGAUCGGCCCUGGGCACUGGGAGGUCAGAUGUAUCGAUGCAACUGCCAACAUGUAUCUGGCAUUGGCAGCAUUGCUGAGUGCUGGUAUCCUCGGCCUUGGGCGCCAGGAAACACUCACGUGGCCGGAUACCGCAAUCCCAAAACAAUGUUUGAGUGGUAUUGGAGAAGAGCCGUGCUACCUUCCGCGGAAAUUGGAAGUUGCACUAGACCUCCUUGAGGCGGAGAUAUCUCAGGUAGAAUGUAUGAUGGGAAGUAGGAUCGCGCGCCAUUACUUAGCGCACAAGCGGUUCGAGCUGUCGCGGACGAAGGAGAUGGAUGGCGACAAGGCAAGGAACCUCCACAUUGAACUCUUCUAG